AUGUCUUCCAGACCCGAAUUGAAGGUUGACGACGAGUCCAGCUUUAUCAAGUUCUUCAAGAAUUUACCUGCCAAGGACGAUGAUACUAUACGAAUCUUCGAUCGAGGGGACUGGUAUACGGCACAUGGAGAUGAUGCUUCGUUUAUUGCCCGGACGGUCUACAAAACAACCUCAGUGUUGCGACAGCUCGGCAAGAAUGACUCUACAGGCCUCCCGUCAGUCACACUGUCCAUCACGGUGUUCAGGAAUUUUCUGCGCGAGGCACUCUUCAGACUUGGGAAGCGAAUAGAAGUCUGGGCAAGCAAUGGAGGGAGAAUGAACUGGAAGGUUAGCAAACAAGCGUCACCCGGAAAUUUACAGGACAUCGAGGAAGAGUUAGGAGGCCAAUUUGACGCAGCCCCGAUCAUACUAGCGGUAAAGGUUUCCGCGAAAGCUUCAGAGGCAAGAAAUGUUGGAGUCUGUUUUGCGGAUGCGAGUGUUCGCGAACUGGGUGUUUCGGAAUUUCUGGACAACGACUUAUAUUCCAAUUUCGAAUCCUUACUCAUUCAACUAGGAGUCAAGGAAUGUUUGAUACAGGUCGACAAAGGUGACAAAAACGUGGAAAUGGCGAAACUCAGAGCGAUCAUUGAUUCUUGUGGCAUUGCUAUUUCCGAGCGCCCGGGAGGCGAUUUUGGCACGAAAGACAUUGACCAGGAUCUCGCCAGACUGCUCAAGGAUGAAAAGUCUGCAGGCAUAUUGCCUCAGACGGAUCUCAAGCUUGCUAUGGGGUCGGCAGCUGCGCUUAUAAAAUACCUGGGAGUUAUGCAUGAUAACUCGAAUUUUGGUCAAUAUCAGUUAUAUCAACACGACCUUUCUCAGUUUAUGAAACUCGAUGCUUCGGCUCUCAAAGCUCUUAACCUUAUGCCGGGACCUAGGGAUGGUUCGAAGACCAUGUCUCUAUACGGUCUUCUCAAUCACUGUAAAACACCAAUAGGAAGCAGAUUGAUGGCGCAAUGGCUAAAGCAGCCGCUAAUGAGCAAAGAUGAAAUAGAGAAACGACAACAACUUGUGGAGGCAUUUGUCGAAGACACAGAGCUAAGACAAACUAUGCAAGAGGAGCAUCUUCGAUCAAUACCAGAUCUAUAUCGACUAGCCAAAAGAUUUCAGAGGAAGAUGGCCAACCUGGAGGAUGUAAUUCGAGCAUAUCAGGUUGUGUUGAGGUUGCCGAAUAUUAUCGCGACUCUUGAAGGGGUAAUUGAUGAACAAUAUCGAAACCCUCUUGAUGAAGCAUACACGAUUAAGCUUAGGGACUAUUCAGAUAGUCUUGCAAAAUUGCUAGAAAUGGUUGAGACAACGGUCGAUUUGGAAGCUAUGGAAAAUCACGAAUACAAGAUCAAGCCCGAGUUCGACGACGGUUUACGGAUCAUUCAGAGAAAGCUAGAAAAGUCAAGGCACGAGAUGGACGUUGAACAUCGAGCAGCAAGUAAAGACCUUGGUCAGGAAAUCGACAAAAAGCUAUUUCUGGAGAAUCACAAGGUCCAUGGCUGGUGUAUGCGUCUUACUCGAGCAGAGGCUGGCUGCAUACGGAACAAUAAGAAAUAUCAAGAAUGCUCCACGCAGAAGAACGGUGUAUUCUUCACCACACACAAGUUGCAGAGUUGUCGAAGAGAGUUUGACCAAUUAGCUGAGAACUACAAUCGGACGCAAAGUAGCUUGGUCAAUGAAGUAGUCAGUGUUGCUGCCUCAUACUGUCCGGUGAUCGAGUUCCUCGCUGGUGUAAUCGCACAUUUGGACGUUAUUGUCAGCUUUGCCCACUGUUCGGUACACGCUCCUACAUCAUACGUCCGGCCAAAAAUGCACCCUCGAGGUGAGGGCAGCACUAUAUUGAAGGAAGCCAGACAUCCAUGCAUGGAAAUGCAAGACGACAUACAAUUUAUCACUAACGAUGUGACUCUCGAAAGAGGGUCUUCCCAAUUCCUCAUCAUUACCGGGCCAAAUUGUGGAGGAAAGUCGACUUAUAUCCGCCAGAUAGGUGUGAUAGCACUCAUGGCACAGAUCGGAUGUUUCGUUCCUUGCUCGGAAGCUGAAUUAACCAUAUUUGAUUGUAUCCUUGCCAGAGUAGGAGCCAGCGAUUCUCAACUCAAAGGAGUCUCCACGUUCAUGGCGGAAAUGCUGGAAACAGCCAACAUCCUCAAAUCCGCUACCUCGGAAUCCCUCAUCAUCAUCGACGAACUAGGGCGCGGCACCAGCACAUACGACGGUUUCGGGCUCGCCUGGGCAAUCUCCGAGCACAUCAUCAAAGAAAUCGGAUGUUUCAGCAUGUUUGCUACUCAUUUCCACGAGCUCACAGCGCUCGUGGACACCUACCCACAAGUCCAAAAUUUGCACGUCGUUGCGCACAUCGACGAUAACGGCAAAGCCAAACGCGAGGUUACUUUGCUGUACAAGGUCGAGGACGGAAUCUGUGAUCAGAGUUUCGGGAUCCACGUCGCCGAGCUCGUUCGGUUCCCGGAGAAGGUCGUUAAUAUGGCGAAGAGGAAGGCUGACGAGCUGGAGGAUUUUACGAGUAAGCAUGAGGGUGCGACGGUCAAGUAUGAGAAGGAGGAUGUGGAAACGGGAAGUGCGCUGCUUAAGGAUGUGUUGCUCAGAUGGAAAGCGGGCUGUGAGGGGAAGCAGAUGAGCAAAGAUGAGAAGAUUGGGUUGAUGCGGGAACUUGUGAAGGGCGAUGAUAAGUUACUUGCUAAUCCGUUCUUUCAGAGUAUUAAAGCGUUGUAA